AUGAUGAGUUACUACAGAGAUACCUUUUGUAUAUUUUCUCUCUUGUCUUGUCUCUACAUCACCUCUUCUUUUGCAGGACCAGUUCCAAACGUGGAGAAUGGUUCUCAAAAACUUAUCCUCACUCAAGCAUCAUCACGUGAUAGUAAAGUCUCAUUGUCGAGCACGUUGAAAGGUCUGAGAGAACGUCCUCCAUCGUCUUAUUCUAUCAAAUUGGAGUCUUUCACCACACUCACGAAGUCAAACUUCACCGAUAGUUAUGAAUCUCGUCCUUUUAGGGUCGGUAGAUACAAUUGGACGCUUGUUGUGUACCCGAAGGGAAACAAGAACGAUAACGGUGCAGGGUACAUUUCUCUAUACGUCGCCAUAGACAACUCAACUUUCGUUUCUCCACGUCAAGUGGUCCCCGCAGAUCUCAGGUUUUACGUCUUCAACAAGAAACAGAAGAAAUACUUUACGAUCCAAGAUUCGGAUGUAUGGAAAUUCAGUGUAGACAAAUCGAUGUGGGGGUUCCCUAGGGUUCUUCCUCUUGCUACGUUCAACAACCUGAAAAAUGGAUACCUUUACGACACCGACCAAUGUGAGUUUGGCGUUGAUGUCACCAUUCCACCUCUCUUUGACAAAUCGGAGCUUUUCUCCGUCAACAAGAGUUUUCCAAACGCGAGAUUCACCUGGUUUAUUCAGGGUUUCUCCACACUGCCUACCGAUUACUUAUCAGAGGAGUUCAUCAUCGGAGGAAAAACUUGGAAUUUACGAGUCUUUCGAAAUGGUUUUGGGGAUCACGAAGGCAAAAAUUUGUCGCUUUACCUAAACCUCGCCCCACAAGAGGUACUAAAAGCAAAGCCUUAUGAUAAGGUUUACGUUCAAGCCAAGCUUCGUGUUCCUAACCAAGGCCAAUCCAACUUUAUCAUAGAACGGCCACUUGAUAACUGGUUCAGUCCACAGAAUAUCGGGUGGGGAUACGCUGACUUCAUGCCACUUUCUGAUCUCAGAGAUCCAUCAAAGGGUUUCGUUAGGAAUGAUAUGUUGGUCGUUCAAGUCCAAAUUGAGUCCAUUUCUUCAACCAAGUACCUCCCUAGCUAG